UGGGUCGGCGGACGGGGCUGCGCGCACCUCGCACCCCUGAGCUGCGGCGCCCGGCAGCAGGCGUGCUCGCCGCCCUCGGUCCCCGCCUCUGCGGGGCGGCCCCCUGUCACGCUCGCGCUGGCCGGCGAGCGGCGGGCAAGACCUCGCGGCUCGGGCUCCUACGCGGGGGAAGGACCGAUCCAGCGCUUCUGGAGGGACCCCGCCUUACUACUCGUAUAUGGCAAAGUUUCUCGCCGAGCUCCUGGGCUGCACAUUGCCGAGCAAGGGCGCCUCUCCCAUGUUUGAGUCCAAGAGUCACUCCCGAGUUGGCCUCAAAUCAAGCACGAAGCAAAAGACCACUGUUUUCAGCACGUUGGCCAAUGAGAAGUCCUUUUCUGACUGCAAAAAGGAACAGCAAUGGAAAACUUCAAUGUACAGCAGCAUAACUCCAGUCUGCUUUACAAGCCCUCUGAUUGAGAAGCCAAUUGGCAAAGAAAGCAUGCCUCAGACGCCUCCCUUUUCAGCUAUGUUUGACAGCAGUGGUUACAACCGAAACCUCUAUCAGUCUGCAGAGGACAGCUGUGGCGGGUUGUAUUACCAUGACAACAACCUCCUCUCUGGAUCUCUGGAAGCACUCAUCCAGCACUUAGUACCUAACGUGGAUUACUAUCCGGAUAGAACGUACAUAUUUACCUUUCUACUCAGUUCUCGGUUAUUUAUGCAUCCAUAUGAGCUAAUGGCCAAAGUUUGCCACUUAUGUGUUGAGCACCAGAAGCUAAAUGAUCCUGAUGGUGAUAAGAACCAGAUAAGAAAAAUUGCACCCAAAAUCCUUCAACUGCUGACAGAAUGGACAGAAACAUUUCCUUAUGAUUUUCGGGAUGAAAGAAUGAUGAGAAACUUAAAAGAUCUGGCUCACCGAAUAACCAGUGGUGAGGAGACAUAUAGGAAGAAUGUUCAGCAGAUGAUCCAGUCUCUAAUCCGCAAACUUGCUGCACUCAGCCAGUAUGAGGAAGUCCUGGCAAAAAUCAGCUCCUCAUCUGCAGAUCGGCUCACCGUUCUCAAGACCAAGCCACAGUCCAUACAAAGGGACAUCAUUACCGCCUGCAGUGACCCUUACACGUUGGCCCAGCAGCUGACUCACAUAGAGCUGGAAAGGCUCAAUUACAUUGGACCAGAAGAAUUUGUUCAGGCAUUUGUGCAGAAGGACCCUUUGGACAAUGACAAGAGUUGCUACAGUGAACGGAAGAAGACACGCAACUUAGAGGCUUAUGUGGAAUGGUUCAACCGCCUCAGCUACCUGGUUGCGACAGAAAUCUGCAUGCCUGUAAAGAAGAAGCACCGGGCAAGAAUGAUUGAGUACUUCAUUGAUGUCGCUCGAGAGUGUUUUAACAUCGGCAACUUUAAUUCCUUGAUGGCAAUAAUCUCUGGCAUGAAUAUGAGUCCAGUCUCGCGACUGAAGAAAACCUGGGCCAAAGUGAAGACUGCAAAGUUUGACAUUCUCGAGCAUCAGAUGGACCCUUCGAGCAAUUUCUAUAAUUAUCGAACAGCUCUCCGUGGGGCAGCACAAAGAUCUUUAACUGCUCAUAGUAGCAGAGAGAAGAUUGUGAUACCAUUCUUCAGUCUUCUAAUCAAAGAUAUUUAUUUCCUCAAUGAGGGCUGUGCCAACCGCCUUCCAAACGGCCAUGUCAACUUUGAGAAAUUUUGGGAACUAGCCAAACAAGUGAGUGAAUUCAUGACGUGGAAACAAGUGGAAUGUCCAUUUGAGAGGGACCGGAAGAUCUUGCAGUAUCUGCUCACAGUACCAGUCUUCAGUGAAGAUGCUCUGUACUUGGCUUCCUAUGAGAGUGAAGGACCUGAAAAUCAUAUAGAGAAAGACAGAUGGAAGUCUUUAAGGUCGAGCCUCUUAGGCAGAGUUUAACGAAUGGGAUGCUGACUGCUGCUGCUGCUGCUGCUUCUGCAUCGGGCAGAUGACUGAGGGGCUGGCCUCGGCUGUCGGCAUGUAGCACUACAGAAAGUCACCAAGUCCACGAGCAAGCUCACUCGUGACAGCAGCAGAUGGUGAACAUAUUUCCUACAGCUGACAGAUUGACUCAGAUUUUGAGACUGAAAUGUUCACUGAAGGCACUUGAGAAAGAAUCCUCUAAAGAUCCCAGCUCUGCACAUGAUUCAUCUCUUGGAAUUUCCAUGUGAAUCACAGCUCUGCACCUGGAUGGAGCUUUCGCGCGUGCGUGUGCGUGUGUGUGUGUGUGUGUGUGUGUGUGUGUGUGUGUGUGUUUAUUUGGUUGAACAUUUGCUGCUAAUGGGACUUGCCCAGCUGAGUGCUGGCUCUUAGGAAGCCCAUGUUUCUUUGUUAACUUAAAUGAAAAACGGAGAGGCGGGAGAGGGAAAAAAACCCUCCAGUUAGAUCCCAGACUUCAGCUCAGCAGUAUCGCCAGGAGGGAAAAAGACUGGUUGAAACCUGACUGUGGACUUUGUUUCCCUUAGUAUGUGCUGUGUUGUGAAUUCCUCUCCUCCCUCUUCCGACGAGGUUUUGAGUUGGCUGCUGGUUAGCAAACUCCUUUUUACCCAUAUAAGUUAUUUAAUAUAAUAAUGAAGCUCAACACUGUGGUAGGAAAAUAGCCACUAGGAAAAAAAAAAAAGCAGAGUUUGUCAUUGGACUGCUAAACAUUCUAGAAGGACUUUUUGGGAUUUUUUUUUUUGCCCUUCCAAGCUGUUUACAACUGACCACUGUGUUCUACAGAUGUAUUUUUUCAGUAGUUUUUUGUUAGUUUUCCAUGACGCCUAUUUUUUUUUUCUCUUGUAAAUUUAAAUUAUCUGACUUUAAGAGUCUUGGAAAAAACCCAUGGCCUAAUUACAAUUUAAUUUUUUGAACAGACUGUUAUGUUUUAUUGCCUUUCGGAGGCUGUUGGUGACUAAACAUGUGAACAAAGAAUAAAUUGGAAAAGUUACCACCACCAUCACCACCACCCCCACUACAGCAGUGAACAAAGCAAAUGAAAAACAUCUUGCUGUUAACUCAAAAGUCGAUCUAAUUGUGAAAUAGUUCACCUUGUUAAACAUCUAAAGUCUGUAGUUGCUCUGCAAAUAGCCAUUAUAUUUAUUUACUCUAGGAGAAGCUGUAGAGUAGUAAACUGUGUUAAUGAAAAGAACAAAACAUGUUGAAAACACAGAUGUAUUUGAAAACUUAACGACAUGGUUUCAAAAAACAGAGCAUGUAUAUAUGCAACCCGCCAUCUCAGCAGACCGGAAAUGUCUCCAAGUUGUUCCUUUACAACCAUCAAUAUAUUUCACACUCUGCGGCCAG